AUGGCGGAACUUGGAGCAGCCGAGCAGGAACCGGGGCAUCAGGUUAUGGGUGAGCGUUCGGCCACUCGGGACAGAAGAAGGAGGGAUCUUGAAGCACAUUUACAGGAGCGAGACGCUCCCUCUGUCUCUGGGGGCCUCCCCCAAGCCAGCAGCCCAUCAAGCCUCGUGCGGAGCCGCCGGAGAGCCUUUCGACCAAGCGAACGGUUACAGAGGUAUCAGAGAGAAAGACUUGCUCAGAGUGGAAGAGGCACCGCUUCAGAGACUCAUAUCUCGCCUCCUCACGUGUCACCUGCCAGGCAAGAACAAUCCGCAGGCGACCGUGGUGAUCGACAGAGGGCGAAGCGAAGGAAGUUGGACGACGGCACCUAUGAAGAGGAGCCUCGAACCUUCAGCUAUGGCGACAAGGGUCAAGUGGUUCCCGGGGGAUUGAAGCUGGACAUCAUCAGUUGCGAUGGUGGAGAGUAUCCGGAUCCUCACACGCCGAUUAACUCCUACCCGCAGAAUGUGCUCCAAGAUGACACUACCGUCUAUUGCACGAAAAGCAACCGAUGUAACCUCUUGUUGAAGCAUAUCGGUGGGAUGCCCUUCACCUUGACCAAGAUAGUCGUCAAAGCACCACGAUCAGGAUACGAUGCACCUAUUCAGGAGGGACUUGUCUUUGUCGCAAUGGAAGAUGACGCCCUUCUUGACCGCACUUCUCAAUACGAUAUAAGCUGGUCUCCUAAGUACCGUCAUGAACGGCGUGCAGGAGACCGAUACCGGCCCUCUCAUGAGUACAUGAACUCGGCAAGAUCUCCUCUGAGGUCGAUUGACCGUUCGAGGUAUCUUACCUCUCCCACAUACCUGGAGGAUGAUCCAUUACUGGAAACCCACCUAGUCCCGGGAUUCCAGGUGACAGUGGCAGACCCUUCCGACGAAGAAGAGGUGGCGGACAGUCCACCUUCACCACGACCUUGGCAUGACGAUGAAUAUUCACUGAGGUCGUAUGUCGAUCGGUAUCGACCCGUCUAUCUGGGAGAUGAGGGGAAUAAUGGCCGCCCUUGGACAAACUCCAGCGACUCAGAGGGCUCGGAACGAGACAUACCGCGGGAAACCCGAGGGCCUAGUGAAAGAGAGCGCUUUCAUCGCCAGCAGCGCGACCUUGAGAACACGCUGGCACAUCGAAACCGUAUGCUGGAUCUCAUGCGGGCCCAGCAAAUCCGCGAAAGUGAUGAGUUCUUUGGUCGCCAGGGUCGCGACCACGAUCAAGAGUUGUCCUAUCUCCGUCGGCCAGCUUACAGUGGGACGGGCUCGCGAGCAGCUGCACUUACUAGUGGGGUUGUCGAUCCAGCUCGGCCCCCAGACGAUCAGUCGAGUAUGUCGACGUCGUUUGAGACUCCAGCUUCCAAGACCAUAUUGAAUCGAGCAGAACCUAGUUCAUCCGCCAAGGUUGACGUGGUUGUACCCCAUGCUCGCUUCUUCAUAAGCCGAAGCAAGUCGAGCACAGCGAUCAAGUUUGAUCCUCCAGUCUCUGGCCGCUAUAUUCUGGUGAAAUUAUGGGCGCAGUGUCCCAAUGCCAACAUCGAUAUCCAGGCUAUCCUUGCACAUGGGUAUGGCGGUCCCCGAUUCUUCCCGGCUCUAGAAAUGAGAUGA